AUGGGGCAGUCAAAGAUUAGCCUCAAAGAACUAGCUAGCGUUAAACGAAAAGUUGUUGAGUCGGUUGAUCAAUACUUAAACAUGUUUAGACUAUUGAAAGCACGAUGCUUUACUCAAGUCCCUGAGCACGAGUUAGUCGAGAUAGCUGUCGAGGGUUUAGAUUAUUCUAUAAGGAAAAAGCUGGAUACUCAGUAUCUUAGAGAUAUGGCCAAAUUGGCCGACAGAGUUCGACGCAUCGAACGCCUGAAAGUUGAGAAGACUGAGACAGGUCGAUAUCUUAAGAAAGAAAAAAUAUCCUAUAUCGCAGUCGAAGGUUGUUCUUCUGACAUCGAAGAUAUAAUCGACAGAAGCGAGGUUAACGUGGCGGAACUUAAGCCUGGAACUCCAUAUGCGUGUAAGGUUUUAAAUCCUUCGAAUAGAAAAAACCCCAUCGAAUCCGAGAAAACCGAUAAAUACGUAGCUAAGACUUAUACGUUCGACGUGUCUAGGUGUGAUGAAAUCUUUGAUCUGGAUUUGAUGCAAAAUUAUUUGAAAGAAGGAAGGCUCCAGUUUGGCAAAAGGCCAAAAAUGCAGGUGGAAUCUGAUCCUCUCAAGGUGGUAAAAGAUUUAUAUUUGGAGCCUCUCGAAUGCAUGAUGGUCGAGACGACUGAUGGUCUCGUGGAGGCUUUCGAAUCAGCGUCCUUAGCUGAGUCUUUUGAAGUUCUGAUGGUCGAAACUACUGAGGCUUUCGAAAAUAAGGCCUAA